AUUCGAGAUGGCGACGACCACCGUCGCCGCCACCGUCACGGCCUACGUUGCCAUUGGCACCAACUUGGGCAACCGAGCGAGCAAUCUCCAUCGAGCAGUGCAAGAACUCAACGCACAUGCUGGCCGCGUCGUUCGGACGUCGCUACUGUACACGACAUCGCCUCAAUACGUAACGGACCAGCCUCAGUUCCUCAACGCUGUCCUCGAACUCUCAACCUCCCUUAGCGCCGUGGACCUGCUUCUCUGCUUCAAAGACAUUGAAGUCCGCGUCGGUCGAGUCCUGGGCACACUGCGCUACGGUCCCCGAGUCCUCGACGUCGACAUCCUCUUUUACGGCACUCACGUCGUGCACGCGACCACCGCGGUGGGUCCGCUCAUCAUCCCACACGCCCUUCUCCACGAACGCGAUUUUGUCCUGCGCCCUCUGCUCGACCUUGCGGCUGACUUUGUUCACCCGAUUCUUCAGCAAACCAUCCGCACAUUGCAUGCAGCGUUGCCAGUGCCGACCAACCCGCCGAUUCCUGUGCUGAGUCUUGGUCCACACGAUCUCUUGUGGCCGCUGCAUACCAAGACGUACGUAAUGGGUAUUGUGAAUGCCACCCCCGACAGCUUUAGCGGCGACGGCGUCGGUGUGGACGUGACGGCGGCGCUGGCGGCCGCGACCGCCAUGGUGGACCAAGGCGCGGACAUGCUCGACAUUGGCGGCGAGUCCACGAAACCACAUGCGCCGGUUGUGUCUAUCGACGACGAAAUCGCCCGGGUGGUGCCAGUGCUCCGCGCGAUUCGCCACGCGUUUCCGCUGCUGCCGCUGUCAAUUGACACCACCAAAGCCCGAGUCGCCGCCGCGGCCAUUGAGGCAGGAGCCAACAUGGUCAACGACGUGUCUGGUGCGACGGCAGACUCGAACAUGCUGGCGACCGUCGCCGCGGCUCAAGUUCCGAUUGUUCUCAUGCACAUGCGUGGCACGCCGGCUACGAUGACGUUUCAAAAGGUGUAAGUUGUUGUUUGCAAGCUUUUGUCACGUGAUCGUGUUGUAGACGUACAACGACGUGGUCGCUGACGUGAUCGCCGAGCUAACGUCAUCGCUGGACGCGGCCAUGGCGGCGGGCAUCCCCACGUGGCACGUGGUAGCCGACCCGGGCAUCGGAUUCGCCAAGGGGCUGGCUGAAAACGUGACGCUGCUCCGUCACGUGAGCAAACUCAAGGCGGCGUGGGCGCCGUGUCCGUUGUUGAUUGGAGCGUCGCGCAAGGCAUUUCUAGGCACGUUGUGUGGCAAGCCGAAUCCGGCGGACAGAGGGAACGCCACCGCCGGGACGUGCGCGGCGGCGGUCGCCGGCGGAGCGGACGUCGUGCGUGUCCAUGACGUGGCAGUGUGUGUGGACGUGUGCAAAGUGUCGGACGCGAUCUGGAGGACGGGAGUGUAAUUUUGUGUGAAAAUAUACAGCGUGGACAAGCCCAACGGCCUAGUUAGUAUACAAGUGUGUUAUUAACAUAUCAAAAGACAUCAAUUACGACAGAAA